AUGAGUGGGAUUAACAAAGCCGAUAUUAGCGAUGAUGAUGAUUUAUUCGGAGAUGAAUCCAGAAGAUCAUCGUUUGAACAAGGUGACUACGAGGAACAACCUGUUUCCAACCCAUUCUACUUUAAUCAAUUUCAGCCCCACCAGCAAUACUCGGCGCCCCAAUCACAAAGUGGAAACUUACAAGUAAUGCAACCUCCUAUGCAUGGUCACCAGCAUCAAGGUAGCGCCAGUACGUUCGUUGACGAGGAUAAUGAUUAUUUCACAGAGAAGCUAGGAAGCGAAGCAUCGCUUAGUACUUCAAGUACCUUUCCUAAAAGAUCGAAGACAGUUGCAUUUAGAGAAGCUGAGCCAGAAUAUCCCCCAAUUGCAUAUAGUCCAGGCAAAACUAUGCACCAUUAUGCCGAACCUCUUCAUUACGAUAUGGAAAGAGUGGAUACGUAUGAUUUUGAUAAUCCUUCAAUGGCUUUAAGGCCAUAUUCACAGGUAUUGACCUUUACGGGUGACGAUUACAUGAUAAACCCACUUGAAGAUGCUGAUGACGAUGAAGACCUCGACCCAUUUGGAGACGAUGAAUCAUUAUUUCUGGAGACCGGAGAAGAAAUUAUUAGAAGAGGAACUACCAUCAAAAGAGCGAACACAACUUUAAGCAGAAAAAAUACUUUGAAGAGAAAAAACUCUAUGGAAACUGGAUUAUCUUUGGUUGACGAGGAGGAUGAUUUUAAGCCCAGAUUAAAUUAUACAAAAACCAUUAAGAAAGCUAAGUUAGUUAACGGAAAUUAUGUAAUUGAUGCGCCAGCUCCCAAGUCUUUGUUAGAUACGUAUGGCAGGAAAAUCACUGAUAGUGGGAGGGAAAUGUCUUUUAUGAGAUAUACUGCUGUCACCUGUGGACCAUCAAACUUCAUGAAUUUCAAAUAUAACAUCAGGCAAGCAUUAUACUCUCCGCCGCGUGAAACUGAAAUAAUGGUUUGUAUUACAAUGUAUAACGAGGAUGAAAUAUUAUUAGCUCGUACUCUUAAAGGUAUAUUUGACAAUAUCAAAAAUUUGACCAACAGAAAUGAUUCAAAAUGGGGUGAUGAUUCAUGGAAGAAGAUUGUUGUAUGUAUUAUCAGUGAUGGUAGAGUAGAUUUGAACAAGAGGUCUCAAGAACUCUUGACUGCAUUGGGAGUAUACCAAGAUGGAUAUGCAAAAUCGAAGAUUAACGAUAAAUCAGUCAAGUCCCACAUAUAUGAAUAUACAUCAACUGUUGGGAUUGAAACUAUCAACGAUAAAAUUCAUUUCUGCACAAAUUCCAGCCCAGUCCAAUUCUUGUUUUGUUUGAAAGAGAAAAACACAAGAAAAAUUAACUCACACAGAUGGUGCUUUCAAUCUUUUGCUCCUAUCUUAAAUCCGAAGGUCAUCAUGUUGUUAGAUUGUGGUACCAAACCAUCAAAGGAUGCGUUUUAUCAUUUAUGGAAAUCGUUUAAUGAUCCAAAUGUUGCUGGCGCUUGUGGUGAAAUGAGAGCAGCUUUGGGUCCAAAUAGAAAACACUUAGCUAAUCCUCUUGUCGCUGCCCAGAAUUUUGAAUAUAAAAUAUCGAAUGUAUUGGAUAAGCCUAUGGAAUCAGUUUUCGGGUUUAUAUCUGUCUUACCAGGUGCUUUUUCUGCUUAUAGAUAUGAAGCAUUAUUGAACGUCAAUGGUGAAGGCCCCCUCGAAAAAUAUUUUAAGGGAGAAUUUUUACAUCAAGAGACUCAAGUUAAUGAAGAUGAAGAAGAUGAUGAAAAAACUUUGAAAGAAAAAAAUUUCCAAGAAGCAGGUAUUUUUACUUCGAAUAUGUAUUUAGCCGAAGAUAGAAUUUUGUGCUUUGAAUUGGUAGCUAAGAAGAACCAUAAUUAUGUUUUGAGAUACGUGAAUGAAGCAAAGGCUGAAACAGAUGUUCCUGAGAUGAUUGAUGAAUUUGUAUUACAAAGAAGGAGAUGGCUUAACGGAUCCCUUUUUGCAGCUGCUUAUGCAGUAUUUCAUUGGACAAAAAUAUGGAAAUCCAAUCAUUCAUUAUUAAGGAAAUUGUUUUUGCAAUUAGAAUUUUACUAUCAGUUGAUUACAUUAUUGGUUUCAUGGUUUUCAAUUGCAUCGUUCUUUUUGGUGUUUAGAAUCUUAACUGCCAACUUAGGAGCCAAAGAUAUGGAUUUUGACGUAGGAAAAUAUUUAGCUGUUGUAUUUCUAUGGUUCUAUGUUGGGUCUGUUGUCUGUACUUUUGUUUUGUCAUUUGGUAAUACACCAAGAGGCACCAGGAAGUUUUAUCUUGUCAUUGCAUGCAUUUUCGCUGUCCUAAUGAUAUAUAUGUUGUUCGCUGCAAUUUUCCUUGCCGUCCACACGGUCCAAGCAGCAUUGGAGAGUCAUAAAGACGAUUUCACAGCCUCUUUGCUAUUUACUGACACUAAAUUUAGAGACUUGAUCGUCUCCGUUGCUUCAACGUAUGCUUUAUACUUCAUUGCAUCCUUGAUGUAUGGCGAGCCAAGUUUCAUGGUUACUUCAUUCAUACAAUACCUUUUGCUUUCCCCAAGUUAUAUCAACAUUUUGAAUAUCUACUCAUUCUGUAAUAUUCAUGAUGUUUCAUGGGGUACAAAAGGAAGUGUACAAGCUAAAGAUUUAGGAAGUGCUAAAUCUGCUGACAAUGAUAAAGAGAAUAUUGUCACUAUCGUUCCUGGUGUAAGUGAAGAAUUAAAUGAGACUUAUUUGAAUACAUUAGAGAGUUUAAGAACUCUUCCACCUCCUCCACUCGAAAUAAACAACAAAAAACAAAAAGACGACUCAUACUAUGCAUUCAUUAGAACUAUUACGGUUUUAGUUUGGAUGCUUACUAACGCCAUUUUAAUUGCAAUUGUUUUAGAGGCUGGUGGAGUAGACACGUUAACCAGCAGUGAUUCUACAUCAAUUAGUGGUAACUCCGAGAUCUUUUUGACAAUUAUUUUAUGGAUUGUUGCCGGUUUAGCAGCAUUUAGAUUCUGCGGUAGUUCAAUUUACUUGAUCUUGAAAGUGUUUAGACCUCUUAAAUGGAGGAUAAGAGCUAAAAAGGCUGCCAGAAAACAAAACUAUUAG